GAGUUCCGCACCUGAAGAAACCCCCCACCAAAGCUGUCGUGUCGAUACGGGACAGUGAAUAAUUGAUUCCCUCCAAUUUUCCCAUCGUGGAAAACCCCUCCCCUCAUACAAAAAAACCCAGCAAUGUCUGAGGUACAGACCCGGCCUGCCGCCUCGCGCGGCAGAGGUUCUGCACGCGGUGGAAGAGGUGGUUUCGCCAGCCGGGGUGGUCGCACCUCGGGCAGACCCAAUGGCGACUCCAAGAUUGAUGCCGACGAUGCGUUUGAGGACCAAGGCGAGCUCGGCGAGCUGAAGAAGCAAUACGGAUCCAAGGCACCCCUCAUCAAGGAGCUCUUCCCCGAUUGGUCUGAGCAGGAUAUUCUCUACGCACUUCAAGAGACGGAUGGUGACGAGAACCUCACCGUCACCCGCAUUGCUGAAGGCACCAUCUCCCAAUGGGGCGAAGUCACGAAGAAGGCUCCCCGCUCCAAGGCCAAGGACUCUACGACCGCAGCCUCGAACAUCGACUCAUCCAACGCCAGACCCACUCGUGGCGGACGCAACGUCUCGGAGGCUGGUCGCGGUCGCGGAAGGACUGCUGAGAGAGGAGGUCGCGGUGGCCGGGGCAGGGCCUCAAACACAGUAGCUACUAAUGGCUCUCGCAACAAGGAGAACGCUCAGCCGCUCUCUAUUCCCACCGAGGAGUCGAACGCAUGGGAUACCCCGAAGUUGGACGUUAAGGACGCACCCGCCGAGGACCCCUGGGCCCCCAAGGAGAUUAUCGAGAAGCCUGCAGCUCCCGCUCCCACUCCCGCUGCCACCGACGCGCCCAAGCCCGCUGCCGCCGCUCCCAAGACGUGGGCUAGCAUGCUCCGUCAAUCCACCGUGCCCAAGGUUGCCCCGAAGCCGCCCAAGGAGGAGCCCGCGCCCAAGCCCACCGAACCCAUCGAACCCCUUCCUCCUGUCGUCCCUGCUGCCGAGCCUACACCCGAACCUGAGCCCGAACCCGAGGCGCAGCCUGAGCCUGCCGCCCCCGUUGAACUCCCCGUGGAACCCGCCCAUGAAGAACCAGCACCUGCAGAAGUACCAACCGUCAUCGAACCUGAAGUGAUUUUGCCGCCUUCCAAGGACCAACUUACUGAGACGAAUCUUGAACAGGUAGUCGACGAAUCGCAUCCUCCCGCGACUGCUACCGUCGCAAGCACCGCCGCCGAUUCCUGGGAUCCUCGCCACAACGCUGCCAGCGCCACCGCGACACCUCUGUCUGCCUCCCAGCAGCAGCACCAGCCCAUCCGUCCUGCUGUUCCCACUACUAACAGCGGCUUUGCCGCUUCCGCCAUCAAGGCUACCACCGAGAGAGGAUCCCGCACCCCGAGCUACCAGCGUCGCGUUCUUGACCAGGAGGAGGCCGUGCGCAUGCCCGGCAACCGUGAGGUUGACCGCGCUGCCGUCCAGUUCGGUGCUUUCAGCUUGAACGAGGAUGAUGACAUUGACGGUGAUCGCGAAGAGCCCGAGACCCGGACCCAGCCCCCCGCUGAUUCUCCCGUUGCUCACCCCCGAACCUCUCUUCCUCCCGCUCCUCAGCAGGCUCCUGUCCCCGAAGCCAUCGGUACCCAGAAACCUGCCCCUGGCCUGCCUCCUCCUGCUGCUGCCACCCCUACCGGACCCGCAAGCGCUGCUUCGCAGGCUCCCGCCGCUCAGGUCCCUCAACCUGCCGCUGCUGCCACCCAGCCUUACUCUCGUUUCGGUCAGGCCGGCCCUCAGGAGCCCUCGUCCUUCCCCCAAAAGUCGAUCGAUCCUUUCACCCAGUCGAACAACCCCGCUACCUCGCAGAGUCAGUUCGACAGCUUCUCCAACCAGCAAUCGCAACAGAGCCAGCAACCCGGUGGGGCCUUCAGCUCUGCUCCCAGCGACUACUCCUCCUACUAUACGGCGGACCAACAAAACCGCCCCCCUUACAACUACUACAGCCAGCCCUACGGCCAACAGGGUGCUCAGGGUCACCAGGACAACCUGUCUUCCCAGCAGAGAUCUUUCGGUGGCUACAAUGCUUCGCAGGCUGAUAAUCUGAGCCAGUACCCUCAGAGCGGCGGCCUGCAAAACCAGUCCCGCUACGGUGGUGUCACGAAUGAUGCCCAGAACAGUGGACACAGCACCCCGAACCCCACCGCUCAGAGCCAGCAGGCGGCCAGCCAAGCCUCGCAGCCUCAGUCUCACGGCCAACAGAGCUACCCCUACAACAACCACCCCUACUACAACAACGCUUACUACUCGAGCUACAUGGGCUACGGCAACCACUACGGCCAGCAGGGAGGAUACGGCGGUGCUCCGUACGGCGGCAACAAGGGAUACGGCCACCCCGGAUACGGCAUGUCGCCCCAAGGCCCCUACGACCACGCCUCGUCUCCUGCUGCUGGCUUCGGCCAGUCAUCCCUGCACCGCGCCGAUAGCGGCCUGAGCUCGGGACUUGGAGGUGACUUCGGCGGACGCGCUGGUUCUGCUCAGUCUGGCAACCAGCCCGGCUUGGCCGGCAGCGGCUUUGGCGGUGUUCAGGACACCUUUGGCCGUGGCUCCUCUUCAUUCCAAAGCCCUGCUGGACAAGGAUUCAACAGCACUGCCCAGUCGAACGCUGCGUCUGCUAACGAUGAUUUGAAGCCUUUCGGCGAGAGCAAGCCUGGUGCCGGUCCCUCGCCUUCUCUCGGCGGCGCUCGCCCCGGCUCGGCCACAAACACCCCCUCGGGCCAGACUGGUCUGCCCCCGCCCCAAUCCGCUUCUCAGAUGGGCGGUUACGGCGGUUACCCUAGCCAUCUCCAGGGCCACAACCUUCACGGAAACAGCGCAUACGGCAUGGGAGGCGCUACCGGUGGCCAGCACGGCAGCGCUCCGUUCGGCUCCUACGGCCAGCAGGGUGCUUACGGCGGCAGUGGAUACUACGGCAGCGGGGGCCAGCAACAGCAGCGUGGCGGUUGGGGCGGAAACUACCACUAGGAUGGUAGUGGUCGUCGGCCAUCUCACCCCCGUCAUUACGGCGGUAUGAGAGGUGGCUAAGGCCUCGGUGCCCCCGAACACGUUGUUAGCUGUUUACAAGACUCUCUCUUUGGGCCUGCAGAUGGUUAUAAGCUGCAGGUGGCAAGGAUAAUUCAUGCGGUCUCUUUCUACGGGGAAACUUUCUUCUCUCUACUCAUUACCCAAGUGUAUGGUCUUCGAGCGUGUACGAUCUAUCAACAAAAAAAGAAUCAGGGAGGGGAAACACUUUCGGAUGGUCAACAACCGCAACGGAAUUGUGUUUUUUGUUUUCUUUUUCGCG